GCACACCACUAUGCGCAAAUCGAGGUGCCUUCUUUCAAUUGUCCGAGAAGGUUACCAAGUGGUGUGAUUCCGUCGAAGCCACGAUCGUCCAGUGGAUUAUCGACUUCGCUGCUACCAGGGCCAUCGCGUUUUUUGUAUUGCUGAAUCCUCGCCUCUCCUCUCAUCAGCAAUUUCGUCUACAUCAAAUGAUGGCAAAAGCGGUGGAGCGGUCGUGGCUCCGAAGGAAGCUAGAUGUGCGAUUGUUGAAGGGUAUUUUGGCGCUCGCCUGCCCUAACCGAGAUUUACUCAACUUAAUCGAUUAUCUGUCGGAUACUGCUGCUUCGUUAUGUGAGAGCCAGACUCUGUUAGACCUGCAAAUCUCUUCGAGUGACAUCUGUCUUCAUGCGGCUCCGGGCACGCCUACCUGCCAACCUGACCACUACGCACGAAGCCAUUCUCUCCUCUCUCGACCCUCCACUGUCAUUACACCUCCUCAAAACACUGGUGGUUUCCUUCCGUCUGGGACUUCUCCUGGCCUCUUUGCAAGCCCUUCACAUUCUUGCAGUGGAGCCAGCAGCCUGCACAUAGAAGCGAAAGUUGAGAGAUUGCAGAACAAGCACUGUCCCGAAGUCGCCAUCAGCAUCGGUUCAUCCUUUAGUUGCAACCAAGCUGAUGAAAAAACGUUAGAUGCCGGGAAUUUUAGCAUGGGUGCUGCAGCUCCCUGCGAUUGCGAUAUGUCUGGUAAAAAGGUGCCUGACUGGACACGCCUACAGGCUUCUUGUCCCUCGCCAGCAACAGCUCUUCCAACCAUCACCAGACCUUCAGAGGGGAGAACAGGAGCGGCUUCAGGGCAUACAGCUAGAGAGAGUGCCCCAUCUACCCAUUGUCCACCGAUCUGCCAUUCACAGCCGCUUUUGAGAAACCUACAACAAACAAGUGUGUUUGUCUCGGGACAUCCUCAAGGAGGGUGUCUUUUUCAUCAUCCUCUGGCCCUUGCUCAGUCUCAGCAAUCCGAAAAUAUUCUCAGGGGGCCAUCAAGAUUAGCAGCAGCAACAUCAAUAGCGGUGUCACCAGCAGCAGCAGCAACAGUGCCAGCAGCAGCAGCAGCAGCAGUGGCUCCCGUGCUUGCACCUGCAGAAGUUGUCUCACCAUCACCACCAUUGAUCAUGGUACCAGGAGCAUCCAUGGUAUCUAUUCGACCGACACCCUUUUGGUGGCUGCUGACUGAGUGGUUUUGUGUAGAUCAUGACUUGGUGGCGGCCAUGCCUCCUGCUGUGCAGCGGUCUGUGUUGGAGGGGCUGUGUGGCGACCACAUGGAUGGCAUGCUCCGGCUCGUGCAUGCUGCAUCAGCCAUGCUGCACACCUGCUGCCACCAGAUUGUGCUGCCAGAGCUGUUUGCCUGGUUCAGGGAGCAUCCCUCGACCUGCUGCAUCUCGCUGGAGCCUCUUGUAUCACAGGAUGGACGUGUUUGUUCAGAUGUUGUGGCUGUGGUGCAACGGACGCGCAAGAGACAGAGCAGUGGCAACCAUGCCAGCAAGCAGCCAAAGCUCCAUGCA